UUAGGGCGGACGUGUGGAAACGUCUCUUGAGAAUGAUGAAAAACGUCAGUGUGUGUUGCGUCACAUCUCUCUGACUGUAUGGUAAACUCCAUUGUGAAGAGAAUUCAUGCACAGCUUCAUGUUGGUGAUGAAAUAUGUUUCACAGGGCUUUCAAGGGUUUGGCUUUGGAGAUGGGGGUUUCCAGAUGUCAUUUGGAAUCGGUGCCUUUCCAUUUGGUAUUUUUGCUACAGCUUUUAACAUCAACGACGGCAGACCACCUCCAGCGGCCCCUGGGACACCGCAGCACAUGGACGAACAGUUUCUGUCUCGACUCUUCCUGUUUGUCGCUCUGGUGAUUAUGUUUUGGCUGCUGAUUGCAUAAAUACACUAACUCUGGCUUACCUAGAACAUUUUAAAAGAGAUGCAACAUUAUGGCACAUCAUAAUGGUUUGCACCAAUGUGAUUAUGCCUUGACAUAUUUUUCCCUCCUUGACUCAAAGCCAUUUUUCUAAAUAAAAACAAGUGUUAACCCAAGGCAAACAUCUCUUAAGGUGAACCACACAACCUCCGUGGAAACAUUUUUUAAAUCAUCAUUCAAUUGUUCUCUGUGUUCUCUUUUUUGAGUAUUAUUUGGUAUUACUCCUGAAUUCAAAUAUAUUCUCUGCUAAUCAAAAUAAGACCAGCAGUGCUCUGAGAUCAUUCACUUUGAUCCUCAUGCAUACAUAUAUUCAUAUAUGAUCCCUAUGACCCUUUUCAGGUAACUAUUAUUGUAUUAAUUUGGCCCUAUUCUAAUUGACAGCCAUUGCAAGAAGAGCACCGAUGUUACUAACAAUAUUAACAAUGUCUCUGUUUUUCUCAAGUGUUCAAGAAAACCAUGACAGUUUGAUCGUUAAUAUUAUUAUUUACACCUGUGUUCUUUUACUGUUGCAUCUUGUCAAAUGUCUUCCAUAAAACCCGCUCAACAGGUUUCAAAGAAUCCUUCUGAGUUACACACUGAGUACAAGCAGGCGACUGACUCCCUGUUGUCUCUCUUCAUCUAUAUACUUCAAAUGCUUUUUGUUUUGAUCUAGCUCUACCUGAUCUCACAAAUAAUGCAUUUCAUCUGCAAAUAUUGACCAAAUCAUACACAGUCUGUUGAGUCAAAACAAUGUUAGAAAUGUUCUCUUUAUUUCGGAUUGAAAAGAAAUAUGUUGAUGCAUGUUAGCAGCUCAAAUAUUAACUUAUGAAACGGUGUUCCUCUCCAAAUCGUUUUUUUCCCUCAUUUUUCUCUGUCACUGUAAUUUAAUGUAAAAUACUGUAGAUUAUUACAGAAUUAUUACUGAAAUGAAGAUUUGCUGGUUGAACCUGAAACCACCUUUCAAAAUGUGAAUUCAUUCUAUUGACAGUAAAGCUAUGUAAAUAAAAAAUUGUUAAAUCAUA